GUAUCUGGCUUUUAUCGUUUUCAAGGUCCGCACAAUGGCGGACCUCCAGUGAAUGGCGCUAAUUUUUCAACCAAUAAUUACAGCCAGGCUCGUAGAGGAAGCAACCGCAAAGCUGGGGGUUCAGGCUGUGCAUCAAAUAUACCCGAUCUUAACCAUCGUUUUACUUCGGGUCCCAGUGGCGUCGGUUCCGGUGGCGUAUUUGUAUAUGUGCCUGCGGAGAUGGCUGCUGCAGCGUAUCAACAGGCUCCACAUUCCGUAUCUGGAGGGGGUCCUAUGAUGGGGGGUGCAAUGUUGUUAGGCCCUGGACCAUCGAGCCGUUUAGGUAAUCGCAGAAGAUCGAUUAGACGAGGUGGUCUGCAUGCUAGACAGAACAACCUUAAAGAAACGGAGGUUGAUUGCUCUACGCCAUAUGACUUUGAAUCUGCUAAUGCCGAACUAGAGGCUGAAUUGGCUAAGCUGAGCAUCUCGUCGGACGACGACGUUGGUGUGGGUGAAGCAGGGUCGAUUGCACCCUCUCUUCCUAUCUCAGAGUCAGGGGGACAGGGAAUUGUAAGCAGUACUUCUGCCUCAACAGGCAAUGGGGACAUUGCUCUGCUUGGCGAGGCAGCCAGACUUGGUAGAGAAGUUUCGCCUUCAUCAUCUGCUAUUUCGUCCUUGGCUGUUGGACAGGCAAUGUCAGGGCAGACUAAUGCUGAUGCAAAUGGAGCAUCUGGGGAUAAUAUGGCUAGUGUGGUGUCCUCAAGCCGGGCAGGUGGUGCGACGGUGGACGAUGUGUCGAAUGUGCAAACGACCCAGUUAUCAAAGUAA